AUGGCUCAUCUCGAUCUCCCGGCCUUUGGCAUCCGCGACCUCAACGGCCCCAAAUCACCACCAGGUAUCGUUCAGAUUACCGCUUCCCAGUACGACAGCACUGUUCAUAGUGAACCUGAUGCCGUGCUGUCCUACAUCGACCUCGACGAUGGUGAGCUCAUCACUGUCGGAAGUUCCUUUGAGCUGCAACAACGCCUAGAAGAGCCUAUACCUCCUUCGGUCUCUCCUACCCCCUCCCUUAUUCUAGGCAAGGCCCCUGCGAAAACUGCAAGAGAAGCCAAGGAAAACACGCUCGUGCAUAUCUUUGACAUCCGGCAUACGACUGGGAGUGUGGCAGUGUGGAGAGAACAUGAAGCACAUACCAGUCGGAAACUGCGACCUCGAGCGUCAUCGUCGUCAUCACAUUCAAGUACAAGAGUUUCCCUUCUACAUAGAGCAUCUUCACCAGAGUCCAACUCCAUGUUCCCUCUUCAUUAUGACAAGGUGUUCGACCCGGAAAGGGUUAACAAAAGUUCUCCUGGACCACCUCAAUCAGCGCAGCCCACGGACACUGCCACGGUCAAUGAGGGGGCAAGUCAUCGCCCUUCAGCAGCACACCCAGUUAUCUCUGGUGAAGGGGAUACACCGAUGCAGAAGGAUAAGGCCCCUGUCAAUGCCUUCACCCGUCUUGAAUCUCACUUGGGCCCUCUAGCCGACUUUCUCGAGUCCACAGCAGACGGACUACGAAAGCUUGCAGAAACAACGGAAGAGGCCGACACGACCCCUGUAGAGAAUGUUUUGUCCGGAUUCAAGAAAAUUCUGAAAGAGGCCGGGGAAUUCGGCCUUGAUCUUUUGGCCACACUUGUGGACGAGGAACUACAAAAGAACAGAAGCAAUGGGGUCAACGCUCCCAAUGGAGCCAACACUGACUCAAACCCCCAGCAACCCUCCUGCCUCUUCAGUGCCACCGAAGAAACCGGGGAGGAAGACAAGCGGGGGCCUCAUGCUGAGACGCCUGAGAAAAGAGUCAGCUUCGUCGAGCCAACACCCUCAGAACCUCUUCAGAUGGUGAAGGAGCUUGUGGUGCCUAAAGGCCUCAGCCUCUACCGCACAUCUUCAGAGGUUCAGACGCCAAGCCUGCCUUUAUCUGAACGCUCGACCAACAUCCAACAGCCCCCUCAGCUCAGUCUCCCUUCCAAACCGAAAUUUCUGUUUCCACCCUUGUCAGCUCGUUACACGACUGCAGAUCCUGCUCCUCCUACAGACAAUUCCAUUCUUGACUCCCCGCCAUCCGAGUCCGAUUUUCUGACCCGAUAUCCACCAUUAUCGUCUCUUCGAAAAUCCGUCAGUGUGAGCGGUUUGCAAAGCACGCCUGCAUCGUCUAGCCAUUAUCAACAUAGCUUGAGCACUAUGUCGGUUUUGGCUCGCUAUCCCAGUAUUGAACAAUUGGAAGAGAAAUCCCCUGCGAACCUUCAACCCGCUCCCAACUCGAAGCAAAGCUUCAGCCACUUGGUUUCUCCGACUUGGCCCCCGGUGCAGCCGGCUCCCAAGAAGACCGAUAUCUACAAAAAACCCACAGUUGAAGAUGAAGACGAGCAUGUCCGUUCCCUACUAGCAGAUCUAGGAGAGAGAGAAAAGGCUCCUGGCGUACAGGGUGCCCCUAAGUGGCCUACCGUUCCACUGCCUGGUGCCUGGCCUGAGCCAAAGCUCGAGCAACAGCCUGAGCCAAAGCGUGAAGAACAAAAGAAUAAAGAGUCUGCCACCACAGCCGAUGAUAGUGCGGUGUCCAAAGAUCUUCCUCGGUGGCUACAACAGGAAAGUCGAGGCUCAUUUAGUGGUGGUCUUUCACAACAGUAUCCCGAUGACAUGAUUUAUUCUCGAGGAUCGAUCUUUCCACGAAAGUCUCAGACAGUCAGUGGCACCAAUCCUGCGGCGAGACUCAAUGGACCGUUUGAUCCUCUCGCACACAUUCCCGUCCUGCAACCACGUCCCCAACGAUCACAGCCAGACCUGUCUGCAUCCAAGGUGGGCUUUCUGAAUACUAGAGUCAACCCAGCAAUGCCCGGUUUCGCACCACAACGGAGUCAGACCCUUCAUCAUACUGAUCGUUACAAGCCACGUGAUGCUGUUCCGUACCAGAACCCGCGGUUGAGCUCAUGGGAGAACUAUCUCAAGAACAAUCGCAGCACAACCGCGACUUCCAGCUUGCCCUAUUAUCCCUUGCUGAACCCCUUCUCUGAUUGGCCAACCUCUCGAUUCCAGCCGACCUCUACGUUCAGUCGUCCGGUGCCCCCUGCGACAAGACCACCUGUUGUCUCGGCUCCGAGGCCACCACGGCCUUUCAAUAGGACGCUGCCAAGUUCUGGCCCGCACAUGUAUUCGCUCACCAGCGGAUCACCGCCCUCACAAGCACAGCUGCCUCAGGCUUCUCGACCAGAAAUUAAUAGGGGCGGACCACCAAAAGCCGACGGGCUCUCCAUCCCGUCACCCCCGACACUACCUGCUCCACCGCCAGCUGCCGUGCUCUUCCCACCGACAUCAAACAGCAGUUCCAUCCCUCGCUCUUCAUCGAUUCUUUCUCCUUGUCCACCUCCGCUCACUCGUCCUCGCGGUCGCUCGGGUGUCUCUCCUCCAGCGCCUUUUUCAAGCAAAAGCGUCGACGACUGUGUCAAAGUGCUGAAAGCUAUGGGCUUCGGUGAAGAUGACCCGAAUGAGCUGGCCCGCUUGAAUAUCUAUGCAGGGGCCGCCGCAGGAGAUGUCCUUUUAGCGAUCGAGUUGAUCGAAGAAGAUCGUGAAGCUGCCAAAGAGCUUGCGAAGGGAGAGCACAUUGAGAUCAGCAAGGAGACACGGAAGGAGGUCGAUGUGGAAGAGAAUCCCUGGGAAGAUUAG